AUGCUUCGGGUUUCUCUUCAAGCCACACGAGCUUGCUUGAAGCAGUCCAAAUCAGCUCAGGUCCAGCCGCUCAGCACCGCCUCAGCACCCGAAUUUGCUAUGCGCACCAGUCAGGCAGUGAAUGAGUUCCAAGCGGUGCAGCCUUCGGCCUCCAAGACCAACGAAUUCCUCAGCUCUAGUGCUUGCAAGGAAGCGUCCCGACAGAGCAAACAAAUUAUAUGGCUAGCGAAGCACUCUCUUCGAGUCGCAUCAGCGACAGAAACCAGCAAUGCGAUAAACGGCGUUCGAUCGAUGAAGGACAGCACAACCCAGGGCUUUGGUAUUCAAAGUACCUCUUUCACACCCAGAUCACUCUGCGCUGAGCCGUGGGAUGGCCCAACGAUAUGGGCACACCUGUGGUGA